AUUAAGAGUACACGUAAUGAACACCGGGCAAUAUACAGAAUUACUGUAUCAUUAUAUCGUACAUCUGAAACUAAUAUUAUAAAAAAGAAAAAAUCUAUUACAAAAGGCGGGGGCGAGGAAGGGGUGGAAUCUCUGCAGAAACCUGCAGGGCUUUGAAUUUUUUCCUACAGGCUCGUAAGCUCAAGAGUGGGUGCUUGAUUUUUCAUAAAUGGUAGAAGAAAAGCUAGAAUUUAUCCAACCUUUACAUUACAGGUACUGCGUAAGUACUUUAUUCAUCUAAUCCGCAAAUAUUUAUUCAGAGCAUCCUUUUUAACCUACGCAAUUCGUGUCGUCGUCACACACCGCUGUGACAUAUUAUCGUUAUUCGCGUUUCUGAAAACCAUUCUGAGAGCGAAGCCAAACAGUCGAUAAACACAGAACGGGCGACCAAUCUGGAUUCCAAAUCCAAAGUUCUAAACCAUAAAUCCGAACGAAAGAAAAUUAGCGAUUUCUAAUUCCGUCAGCUGAAACAAUGAACGGGCCGAUAAAUCUCGCGAUAUUCUCGAAACUACUACUCCCAACAUGCAUAGCGGCUUCUGUCCAUCCGCCUAUCCCCUUGAGUCUGGAGGGCCCCGGCAUGCCUCGAGGUGCGAAAGGCAGCCUGGGAGCCGUAGUUCUCUUGGACGCCUACCGGUAUUGCCAGCGCGGCAGUGGCGGCUCUCUCGGUUCCGUCCAGCGGGUUCUGUAAGGCGAGCUGAGGUGGAGAAAGGGCGCGGAACUGGAAGAGGGUGAGUCAGGCACUGGCUACGUGAUAAAGGGAGGCGGCACUGCGGCAUAGGGCUGAAUUAGGUAAAUGGACCCGUGCUGCAGUCUCUCCGGAGACACCGCGAUCUAGCGCCAGCGAGAAGAGGGCGAGGAGGAGCCAGAGCCCGGUCCUUGCACCCAUUCUCGCCCUCGUACCCCGCCGCCAUCUCCACCAUGCAGUCCCGGGAAGAAGCUCCGCGCUCUCGCCGCCUGGCCAGUCCCCGCGGCGGCAAGCGGCCCAAGAGGAUCCACAAGCCCACGGUGUCGGCUUUUUUCACGGGCCCGGAGGAGCUGAAGGACACGGCUCAUUCUGCAGCCCUCCUGGCACAGCUGAAGUCCUUCUACGACGCGCGGCUGUUAUGUGAUGUGACCAUCGAGGUGGUGACGCCUGGUAGCGGCCCUGGCACCGGCCGCCUCUUCCCCUGCAACCGGAACGUGCUGGCUGCCGCAUGUCCCUACUUCAAGAGCAUGUUCACCGGUGGCAUGUACGAGAGCCACCAGGCGAAUGUGACCAUGCAUGAUGUGGAUGCCGAGUCCUUCGAGGUGCUGGUCGACUACUGCUACACCGGUCGAGUGUCCUUGAGUGAAGCCAACGUGGAGCGCCUUUACGCGGCCUCUGACAUGUUACAGCUCGAGUACGUACGGGAAGCCUGUGCCUCCUUCCUAGCCCGCCGCCUUGACCUGGCCAACUGCACCGCCAUCUUCAAGUUCGCCGACGCCUUCGGCCACCGCAAGCUGCGAUCACAGGCCCAGUCCUUUAUAGCCCACAAUUUUAAGCAGCUCAGCCAGAUGGGCUCGAUUCGGGAAGAGACUCUGGCAGAUCUGACCCUCGCCCAGUUGCUGUCCAUCCUGCGCCUGGAUAGUCUCAACAUAGAGCUGGAGCAGACCGUGUGUCAUGUGGCGGUGCAGUGGUUAGAGGCGGCUCCCAAGGAGCGGGGCCCCAGCGCUGCGGAAGUGUUCAAGUGUGUCCGCUGGACGCACUUCACCGAUGAAAAUAAGGAUUACCUGGAAGGGCUGCUGACCAACACCAUCGUGAAGAAGUACUGUCUGGAACUUAUUGAAGGGGCCCUGCAGAUGCGCUACGGUGACAAGUUGUGCAAGUCCCUGGUGCCGAAGCCAGAGACCAGCAGCGGCAGCGGCGGCACCAGCAGCACCUGCAGCACCAGCAGCGGCGGCGGCAGCAGCAGCAGUGCCUCUGUGGUGCCCACAGCAGAGAAUCCCCCCCAGCGGCUGGGCGUGUGUGCUAAGAAAAUGGUGAUCUUCUUUGGCCAUCCCAGAGAUCCCUUCCUGUGCUGUGACCCGUACACCGGCGAUAUUUACAAAGUGCCGUCACCUCUGACCUGCCUGGCUCACACGAGGACUGUCACCACCUUAGCUGUCUGUGUCUCUCCAGACCAUGACAUCUACCUGGCCGCUCAGCCCAGGAAGGACCUGUGGGUGUACAAGCCAGCCCAGAACAGCUGGCAGCAGCUUGCCGACCGCCUGCUGUGUCGGGAGGGCAUGGACGUGGCCUACCUCAAUGGCUACAUCUACAUUUUGGGUGGGCGAGACCCGAUUACCGGCGUGAAACUGAAGGAGGUGGAAUGCUACAGUGUCCAGAGAAACCAGUGGGCACUGGUGGCCCCGCUACCCCAUUCCUUCAUAUCCUUCGAUCUGAUGGUAAUUCAGAACUAUCUCUAUGCCCUCAACAGUAAGCGCAUGUUCUGCUAUGAUCCGAGCCACAACAUGUGGCUCAAGUGUGUUUCUCUCAAGCGCAAUGACUUUCAGGAAGCCUGUGUCUUCAAUGAUGAGAUCUACUGCAUCUGCGACAUCCCAGUCAUGAAGGUCUACAAUCCAGUCAGAGGAGAAUGGAGGCAGAUUAAUAAUAUCCCGUUGGUGUCGGAGACCAACAACUACCGCAUUAUCAAUCACGGCCAAAAACUGUUGCUGAUCACCUCGCGCACCCCGCAGUGGAAGAAGAACCGGGUGACGGUGUAUGAGUAUGACACUAGGGGAGACCAGUGGAUUAACAUAGGUACCACCUUAGGCCUCUUCCAGUUUGAUUCUAACUUCUUUUGCCUCUCAGCUCGUGUUUAUCCUUCCUGCCUUGAACCUGGUCACAGUUUCCUCACUGAGGAAGAAGAUGUGCCGAGUGAAUCCAGCACUGAAUGGGAUUUAGGUGGAUUCAGUGAGCUGGACUCUGAGUCAGGAAGUUCAAGUUCUUUAUCUGAUGAUGAUUUGUGGGUUCAGGUAGCACCUCAGUGAAAUGCACAGGAUCAGCAGAAUUUGUUGUAGAUAGGUUGAAACACUAAGGUGUUUUUACUGCUUUGGAAAGUGUCUUAAAGAGAUACCCUUUCUCUUCUCUGGGGGGGGGGAAACAACAGGUUGAUAUAAUUUCAGGUUUGGUUUAGAAAGGGUAUUGUUUGAAAUACUAACAUAAUUUAAUGUUAGGGAAUUUAUACACUCAAAGAAUCAACCUAUUUAAUAAUUUACUGUUCUAAAAGUCCAGUAUUGAUUUGAUUGUUGGGUAUGUUUCUGUUUGAUUAUACUAAUUUAGUCUUCUGUUAUUAAAUCUUAUGUUUUGUGCCACAAGUACUGUGACUUGAAUUUUGAUUUUUAAAAUAGAAAACUGAUUGGAUAGGAAUUACCAGGUAGGGUUUUGAAAGUCUAUCUUUUCCUUCAGAACAGGGUAGUAGGUUUCCAAAACUUUAAACUAGUGGGUUAUUACAAAAUGUGUUCUAAUUUAAAUAUGGUUUGCCAGGUUUUAGUUUAGUUACCUCCCCUUUUGUGAAGAAAAAAAAAUGCUAUAUGUUUAAUGUGACUGGUGAUUUCAUCUGUAAUGUACAAAAUGGCUGUAAGCUCACUAAAAGAAAAAAGCAAACAAAAACAGGAUUCUACUGUUUAAAAAAAAUUUUCAGUUUUAAAUUUGUAAUGUAAAAUGUGUAUUUGCAAACAGUGACCAAUUUUCCAUCUGUUCUAGUAGUGUCACCAGUCAUUGAAAAACCUUAAAAAAAAAAAAACUAAACUAACUUGCUUUGUAGGUUCACAUUUUUGAUCUAUACUUGAUAUAUGCUUCACAGAAUCAGAGGAAUCAUCCUCUUUUUCACUGGACACGAUUGUGUAAAUUUGUAUCCAUUGUCUUAAAAAGUUUAUGUGAUUCUUAAAAUACUUUGGCUGUACAGUUUUGGUGUUCAUCUUAGAUUCGUCAGCAAAAUGUGAUUAUUCUUUGCUGUUUAAUGAGAUAAUAUUCGUUUUGAAAAUAUGUGUAAGCUAAGAACAGUAUUUUAUUGAGAUCAGUAGAUAUUGUGUCUAUCAACUAUAAAAUCAAGUGCCAGCAAAGAACUUUAAAACUUUAAGUUGUGUAUAGAACUGUUUUGUGUAGCAUUGAAAUAUUGUCAGUUUUGUAAGUCACUAAAUGUUAUUAUCAGCUUAAAGGUAUUUUUGUAUUAAAAGUUUACAGUUAAAUAACAUAAGUGAAUGAUGGCAUUUGGGGCCAGUAGUGAAAGUAUAUUUCGUCUAAAAUAUUUCCCUAAGCAGUGGUAUACAUGGUUAUUUUAUUAGGGUAUUUGUAUUUGUUCUGUGUUUCUCUGUGAACCAUGCUCCAGUCUUUGUUUCUGUCACACUAUGUAAGGGAGAGUUCAGAAACAGAGACUACAUCGUACAAAACUGACAUUGCUAAAUACAAGUGCUUACCUCUUGAGGGUUUACUUGCUAUGGUUGUCACGCUGCGUACCUGUGAAAAAUGACCUGAUGCUUAUGGUGUAUACAUUUUUUCCUAUACCCAGUUAGAAUUUUCUUCCUGAAUCUUCAUUCAGUAACAUGCUAAUUCCUCUUCUAUGUUUAUGCUCUAGUGGUAGAAUGCUAACAUUUCUUACACCUUGGCUGAGUACAGAGGAUUGUGUUCUCAGGUGGGAAACUGAAUUUUUUUAAUGAAAUACCAUAGGAUGAAAAUGAAGAGAGGGAGACACAAAAGGUUAAAAAAAAAGUUGUCUCAGCCAUUUUGAUUGGCCAUCUGAAGAUACUACAAAACAUUCCUCUUUAACAUUUUUAGUGAACUAAGAUGCUUGUCCUAACAGUAUGUGUUCCUUCAAAAGGGCAAACAUGCUUUUAGUUGUUUAAGGCUACAUUUUGUUCUAUUUAACAGCAGGGUUGUUAUAAGCACUGUACUUAACACAAAGCUGUGUCUCAGUAGUGUAUUUGGCCAAUUUUUUCUUCACCAGUAACUUCUUAUGGAUAGCUUUGGUUUUGUAAGGUUGAAAUAGGACAGGGCUGAUCUGAACCAGAUUGUCUAUCUGCAGAAUUAAGGUAUGCAAAUGACUGAUAAAUGACAAAUAUCUCUAAUUUGUCAUUCUCAACCUUUGAGUUAGGGAAAAGCUAAGUAGCAGUAAUAUCUUGGUUUACAAAGAAGUUUUCUUGGGAAGAAUUUUGGUUUCGUGAUAUAUUUGUGAAUUAGAGAAUCGAUGUUAAUCAUUAUUUUAUAGAUAAGUGAUUUGUAUGUGAUUAGUUGCAAAUAAAACUGGUAUUAGAACCUA